AUGUCUUCUUCUUCAUCUCAUAAAUCAAUUAAUUCAACACAUGAUGAAUUACCAAUUCAAAAAAUUCAAACUACUGGAGAUAAUCAUGAAUUUAUCAUUAUAAAUAAUAAAAAAUAUUAUAAAUCUGAUCUUCAACAAGCUUUUGGUGGUACUUUAAUUGCUGGUCCAACUCCAUAUCCAACUAUAAAUAUUAAUUCUGCUCCAGUAGGGUUAUCAGCUUUUGCAUUAACUACUUUUGUAUUAAGUUUAUAUAAUGCAAAAGCUUUUAAUAUAGAAAUUCCAAAUGUUGUUGUAAGUGUUGCCAUAUUUUAUGGUGGAUUAGUUCAAUUAUUAGCUGGUUUAUUAGAAUUUUUAUCAAAUAAUACUUUUGGUUUUACUGCAUUAACUUCUUAUGGAGCUUUUUGGUUAGCUUUUGGAGCUAUUUAUAUUGAUAAUUUUGGAAUUGCUGAUGCAUAUAAAGAUGAUCCUGAUCAAAUGGCUAAUGCUGUUGGAUUUUUUUUAUUAGGUUGGGCUAUUUUCACUUUUAUGAUUUUAUUAGUAACAUUAAAAACAACUGUUGCAUUUUUCAGUUUAUUUUUCUUCUUAUUAAUAACAUUUUUAUUAUUAGCUGGAGGUGAAUUCAGUGGUCGUGUUGGUGUAACUCGUGCCGGUGGAGUAUUUGGAAUGAUAACUGCUGUUAUAUCUUGGUAUAAUGCAAUGGCUGGUACUGCAACUAAAUAUAAUUCUUAUAUUCGUUUGAAACCAAUUCCUUUACCUGGUAAUGCUAUUUAUAAAGGUAUUUAA